AUGAAGCCAAUGCACAGGAGAAGCAAAUUACAACCAUUGACAAGGUUAGAGAGUUACGUGAGGAAGGGGCCACCGAAGAAAGUGGGUGGAUCACUUGUGGGAGGGGUCAUGGCCUUUGUGAUGGGAAUCGUUGCAAUGGUUAGGCUAUCAAAAGACGCUCCACGCAAAAUCACCGAGGCUGCUAUAUAUGGAAACUCAGUUUGUUAUGAAGAAUCUAGGUCCAGGAAAACUAAAGUUCAAUUUGCAACACCAGUCUCUAGCUCUGAGUAUAUGUUGAUGAUGAAACGUAUGGCUGAGCUGGAAGAAAAGUGCAAGCUCCUUGAUUUGAAACCUACUAAUAUCGAAUCAGAAAAGGAGGAGAAACUUCAGGCCGCGCUUAACCGUGUUCAAGUGCUUGAGCAACAGUUGACUCAGACACAGAAGGCUUUAGAGGAAGCUGUUGUGAGCCAGAGGGAGAUUUUGGCAUACAUUGACAAAAAGAAGAAGAAGAAGAUGAAGAAGAAGAAGCUGUUUUUGGGGUUCUAA